CGGAGGGCUCUUUCAAUGUGAACGUACGUGUUCGUCAAAGACCACAGACGAAAUCAGAGUUUCAACGCCGACGCCGUCGCAGCCGUCGCAGCAGGGACGUUUUCCGGCCAGAAACAAGGAAGAAGAGAGUCAUCGGCGAUGGAUCGCAUAAAGAGUGGGUGCAUGUCCUUUUAUGCAUCUUCUCAGGAGACACUCCGAUAUGUCAAAGCUUUUUUCGUCGGCUGGGGAAAGAAGAUGACAGCUAAGACCGAAGAGGAAGCGGCAAAAGCAGAUUUAAAGACUGCCAAAAUGCAGGUUCAAGCUACUGAGGCAGCCGAGAACACCAAGAACCAACUUAAUUAAUUAACAAAUCACUCCGACAGUAAUUUGUUUGUUAUUGAUAUUUUCGAAGCAAGAAUGAAGUCACGACGUUUAAUGAUAUCGUUAACGAAUUCCUUUAUUAUCGUUAACGUUUUUUUAAAUAAUUAUUGAGUUUAAUUUUCAUCGUGUAGCUAUCAGAUUGAUUGGGUUAAAAGCCUCAGGGGUGAAACUCUAAAUUAGAAGGGAAAAAAAUAUAAACACUACUGGAUAAGUCAGCAAGA